AUGCAUAUGCCUUAUGGGACGCGAAUGUUGACAAAAAACAAUCAGAAAGCAAAGCUUGUCGCUGAUUACCAAGAUUUAUUAAAAGAAUUAUCAACACAAGACAUAAAGUCUGUGGGUAAUUAUAUCCUAGAAGAUACGAUCGGUGAAGGAACAUAUGGAAAAGUAAAACUAGCAACUCACAAGCUGACUGGUCAAAAAGUCGCCAUAAAAAUAAUACCUAAAAUUCACGCGGAAAAUUUAACUCGCGAAAUACAUCAUCAUCGUUAUUUACAUCAUCCUAAUAUCAUUUCCCUAUUCGAAGUUAUACCCACUGAAAAUAAAAUUUAUAUGGUACUGGAAUAUUGUGAAGGGGGUGAACUAUUUGAUUUUUUAGUUAAUCGAAAACGCCUAAAGGAAAACUUAGCCAGAAAAAUGUUUGGCCAAUUAUGUCGAGCAGUUAAAUACUGUCAUGACAGAAGAGUUGUUCAUAGAGAUCUUAAACUAGAAAACAUUCUUCUGGAUGCUCACAGAAAUAUAAAAUUAGGUGAUUUUGGAUUUACAAGAGAGUAUGAAAGCAAAAAAUUAUUAGAAACGAUUUGCGGUUCAACGGGAUAUUCCGCUCCAGGCAUGUGGUAUAUUUUUUUACGGUCAAUUUCGGGGGCUAAAGACCUUAUAAAGUCAAUAUUACAGCUUGAACCAAAAGAACGACCAACGUUAAAACAGAUUUUACAACAUGCGUGGUUUACGGACGUAAAUGAUGACGAAUCUCUAUCAUCUAUCGAAGAGAAAAAUGAAAAGGAAUCUAUGAAACAAGCAACAAUAAUACAAUCGGGAAAUAAUAAUGACGCGAUUGGUCAUCUUGAACGUCAACGACAAGAAAUUUUUUUGGCAAAGAAAAAACAAGAUACACAAAAUUAUUAUCCAACGGGAUUUAUUCGCAACAAAGGGAAUGAUGUAGCUUCAGUUGCACCUUCUGCAUUUCAAUCACGAUUAACAGGAAUGACAACUGCGAUAAAUAGUUGUUCUACAUCGCGGAAAACUUUUGGUCCUUCAACUUCAAAAUCAUCUCGAAGAUCCUCAAUUGAUAGUAAGACUUUUAAUGAAAAGAUUUUUUUUACGACUCCUGAAGAAAAAGAAUUAUUAGAUAAACUUGAAGGCUUGGGGUUUGAUGUCCAAGCUAUAAAAUCUAGUGUUUUAGAAGGUAAAGUAGACUCUGCUAGUGGAUUUUGGUGGCUUUUAUUAACAAAACUAAGAGAAAAAAGAAAGAUUGAAGGUGCACCAAGCUCAGUAACAAUGGUAGACGUUGCUGUUGGUACUAGCGGUGAUGAAUUAGAAAUUGCAGAUGAUAUUGAGGAAGAACCUGAUAGCAUGGACUCGCCUGUAGAUAGUAACAGGUCAUCUCAGGAAGAUGAUUGUCAUGAAAUAAUAGCUGAAAAUUCUAUGAAAGUUCCGGAAAAGAUGUUACCACCUACACCACCACCGAAAACGUAUCACACAGCUCCAGCUUCGCGUGAAAGACGGAAGUCUUUGAUCCUUUCAGUGCCGGAGGCGGUUGAACCUGUUUUGACAGCAAUUACUGCGACAGCAUCACCCCCUUUGUCACCUAAAAAAUUUUCAUCUUUCACUAGUCCAUUAAGUUCACGGUCAGUAAGUCCUAUACCGCAUAUAUCAGUCACCCCAAUAACAAUACAGCUACCUAAUAAUAAAGAUAAUAGAAAGAAAAGUAUAUUAUCAACGAUAAAGGGGUGGUUGGGUGGAUCUACUCAACAGAACCAUAAAGAUUCGAGUAGUGCCUAUAAAAAAAACAUGUUGAAUUGGACUGAAAGUGGAAUAGUGGUUCCUGCUGAUGUUGCACGUUCACAAAUGCGUAUUAACAAGAGGAAUGAUGGUAAAACACCACUAUCGUAUGAUAGUACUGGCAGUAUCAAUAUUCGAAGAAGGUCGUCUUCUAUAUCACGUGGUGGGUCAAUAAAAGAUAGAAAAAAGAAGAAUCGAAAUUCUUUUCAGGGUAACAAAGGUCGUCGUUCAAGUACUGCACCCUUGACUAUUCCUCCUGUUACGCCUUCUGUUGUUCUUUCUCAUAAUUCUCCAAUCGGUAUGUCACCCAUCCCUGGAACACCACCAGCGGUUAGACAUAAAACCAUGUUUACCAUUAAUCGUAGGAACCCAUUUGCUUAUACAGGAAAUUCAUGGGGACGUAAACAAGUGAAGCGACGAAGUAUAGGAGGAAGUUCAAUUAACAGCAUACAGGAAAAUUUUGAUGCUGAAGUUGGAUCUGGAUCUGGCUCAUCUGAGAAUGCUAAUAAUCAUCAGGAUAAGGACACUUUUGAGACAAGUGCGAUAGAGAACAUUUCUGAUGAUACUGUAAAAAAUGAUACUUUAACUAUAGAUGGACAUAGUAUAAUAUCGAUGUCUAAGCAGAAGAAAAUAGAUUUACAAAAAGUAGAUGAAUCGUCACUUAAAAUACGAGAAGAUGUGACUUCGAGUGAUGACGGUGAGGAAUCUGAUAUAUUUAUUGAUGCUUCAAGUGAAAUUGCAUCUCACCCACGAUCCCGUACGCCAUCACCAUCACCUUUUACUGCUGCAUCCCCAUUAUCCAAUGAUUCACCUAUACUUAAACCCUACGGAACUAUCAUAAAUCCACUUACUUUUCCUUACACCCUAUUCCAUAAUUCCAAUUCUACUUCUAUAAUAUCGCAAAUACCAGUCUCUCCACCUUUAUCCCCAGCCGAUAGCAAUUCUGAAGCUUCACCUACGCUGCCAAGAAAAGGGCACCAACGUCUUAUCUCAUUACCCACUUCACUAACUUCAGGAUCAGGAGGGAAACAGAGGGACGUUUAUAUUCCUCCUAUCGAGAAGUCACAAGCACUUGCACAAUCAGUAAUAGAUUUUAUGUCCACACCACCAGAAUCACCGAAAUUAACGUCACCGACAAUAACGCCUUCUUCAUCGUCAACAGCUCCACAUACGCAUAUAACCAAAUCUUCACAGUUACGUCUAUUGCAUCAUAGCCGUUCACAUUCUUCACCGACUAUUGGAAGCAACAUAGGGAAUAGUAAGGUGGAUGUUACUUCGCGUAAUGAAACUUCCGAAAGAGGUUCUUCGCCCUCGCCACCAAAUGGACUCAAUAAUGCACAGCUGCUGUUUUUACACAACAAUAAUAAUACACCAAAUUCACGACGCGUUUAUACGAGUUCGGGUAGUACCUUAAGCAGUCCAAUGGCACGGAGAAAAAACCUAAACACAACAAAGCCUUCAGUAAUCAUGGAGGAAGAUGAAGAAGAAUCUUGA